AUGGCGAGUCUUCAAUUACUCAGAUCUGAUGGAGACAGCGGGAAGCUUGAGGCGACGGUAGAUCGGCUUCUGAAUGAAGAGAAGCAGAUGAGACUCGCCGAAAACGUCGCCGGUACAAGGAAAGCAGCUACUGAGAUUCUUCAGCUUUGUUUCGAAGCUAAGGAUUGGAAACUUCUGAAUGAGCAGAUUCUCAAUCUGUCUAAGAAACGUGGUCAGCUCAAACAGGCUGUUCAAUCCAUGGUGCAGCAAGCGAUGCAGUAUAUUGAUCAGACACCAGACAUUGAAACUCGGGUUGAGCUUAUUAAGACGUUGAACAAUGUAUCUGCUGGAAAGAUAUAUGUUGAAAUUGAGAGGGCACGUCUGACCAAGAAGCUUGCUAAGAUUAAAGAAGACCAGGGUCAGAUAGCUGAGGCUGCAGAUCUCAUGCAAGAAGUUGCUGUUGAGACAUUUGGCGCUAUGGCAAAGACUGAGAAAAUUGCUUUUAUCCUUGAACAAGUUCGCUUGUGCUUGGAUCGUCAAGAUUUUGUUCGUGCCCAAAUCUUAUCUAGGAAGAUCAAUCCUAGAGUUUUUGACGCAGAUACAAAAAAGGAUAAGAAGAAACCUAAGGAAGGUGAGAACAUGGUAGAGGAGGCUCCUGCUGAUAUACCCACUUUGUUGGAGCUUAAGCGAAUUUACUAUGAGCUAAUGAUUCGGUAA